GACUGGCGUAAACGAUGUCGAGCAAGUCAAAUCAAAGAGAUACCGGUUGGCUGUCAGGUCUACUUAGCAUUUUGCCAGUGCGCUCUGUAGCCAGUACCUGUAAAAAUUUUUUCUUUGGUGAGCAUGGGCAAGCGAGGUUGAGGGAAAGCCCAGAUAGACCGAGCUCGAUUAGCUGCUCAUCAUCUUGUCUAACAGUAACAACUUCAACCGAACUGAGUUUACGUGGACGCCUGAAUCGUCCCGAAAGCUCUGUUCACUUUCUGACAGAGACAUCUUCCACAGAAGCCGCAACGGAUAUAAUAGCGUUCGACAGUCGAAAGCAUUCCAUACUCAGAGAAAGGACGGGAGUAAGCAAGCACAAGAAAAACUUGGGUGCCUCUAACGGUACUUCAAGACGGAAACCUUUGGUGAAGUUUUGCGACUCGUCCAAUGUGGAAACGAGUAUCUCUGUAUGCCAGAGCGACUGUAACCACUUCUUUGAUUUGCCUUCUGUUAGCGAGCGACGAACGCUACAAAGAAUCGCGCAGGACAUGGUUAAAAGGAACAGAGGUACUCACAGGUAUACGCCGCCUGAAAGAAGAUUGUCGUCGACAGCGCGUAAAGAGGCGAACCGAGAAUGCCGAACGUGGCUGAUGAAGCCACAUUUGCGUGGCUCAGGUACCAAGUCCAGCCGAAAUGUCGUGCCGAAGUUUCUGCCUCAGAAGGGCGCGCGAGGUAAAACGAUAUGUAAGUAUGUUGAUAACGGACUAACGGUUAUUCAAGCUUUGGCGCCGGCGGGAGCUUGCAAAUCGAAAAAAAGAAAAAACUUCGGGAACAAGAUGGCGGGUUUUUUUUCAUGGCUUCGAAGGCGCCUGAGUCAUGCGAAGAAGGUCAACGGGUGAUUUCUGCAGGCUCUUUUUAACUUGCCAGAAAUGU